GUUGAUGAAUGGACGAGAAAUUUGAGGAAGGAGGGCAGACAGCUAGAUCGUCAGAUACGUGGUAUCCAACGUGAAGAGCAAAAGGCUAAGCGUUCACUUAAAGAGGCAGCAAAGAAGGGAGAUAAAGAUGUAUGUGUGAUAUUGGCAAAAGAGCUAGUAAGAUCACGGAAAGCUGUGAACAGGAUCUACGCAUCAAAAGCUCAAAUCAAUUCAGUUGUAAUGAGCAUGAAAAGCCAACUAGCCAUUAUUAAAAUUAGCGGCACCAUAGAGAAAAGCACGGAAGUGAUGAAUUCCAUGCAAGCAUUGGUAAAGCUUCCAGAGAUUAAUGCUACCAUGCAAGCUAUGUCCAAGGAGAUGAUGAAGGCUGGCAUCAUUGAAGAGAUGUUGGAGGACACAAUGGAAUCACUCGAUGACCAGGAGGAACUGGAGGAGGAGGCACAGGAGGAGGUUGACAAGAUUCUGUUCGAGCUGACUGCAGGUGCACUGGGUAAUGCACCAGCUAAAGUCACAGAUUCGUUACCUGUACUGGAACCACAGGCUGCUGCUGCUGAGGCAGAAGGGGAGGAUGAUGUGGAGGACAUGAAAGCAAGGCUGGAGGCAUUGAGAAGCUAGUCUGUAUUUUGCAUGCAACAGUUUAAAACUGUAAAUAUAAACAAUUUUAGUGCAGCUAUCAUUCACAUUCAUCUCUACUACAGCUGUUACUAAUGUACAGGGAAACCCAAUAUAAUAUUGUUUGGGCACAGAUUGCAGGUAGUCAGCUUUAUGCCCAACAAUGAAUAGUAGGGUCUGCCCUGGGUAAACCUUUAUAACAUUACAGUAGUUCCAACCAGCAGUAACAAUGUAUUUAACCAAUUAUGUAUCAUAAGUUGAGGUUGUGAUAUUGCAUUAGGGCAAGUAGAUUAACCAACUCGAGCUGAAAUGUUACAGCAGACAUAUCACACGUAUAUUUUGCAAAACAGAUUGAUGACCACUUAAGAAGUGUUUGGGCAAGUUUAUAAGUUGGCAGCUGUGGAAUGGCUUUAAUUUUUACAUCGAGUUUGUACUACUUUUUCACUUUCCGUAUUCAUAGUAACAUUUGCAUCCUGCCUGAUAAUAGGCUGACUAAGCAUCAGUAGGUAGUGGUGAUGCGAGUGGUGAAUGAAAGGUUGGUAGAAACGAUGACAGUUACUUUCCAACUUGGUGAGUCGCACAGUUCUAUUAAGGUACCGAUAAUGCUAUUGGGACAUUCUAUAGUACAUAGGUGAGGUUGAUUGCAAAGAAAUGUGCAUGCCUUUUAAUGCAUUUAUAAAUGCAUGAAGUUCUACAUCAGACAAAAAAUUACUACACUUUCAUUACAUAGCUUUAAGGGAUGCCUAAAAUCGUAUGUAUAUAUAUUUGUUUAAGAGAUUUAUAUGAUCUAAUGGUAAAGCUGUGGAUUUUAGCAGCAGAGAAAUGGAUGCUUGAAAUUGCAAAUAAUUAGUAGUUCUAAUAUUUGCAUUUUGUAUAGUAAACUUGUACAGAAAUGUUUCUGUUUCAUUAUAGAUUUUGCCCAAAACAUUUUGUUUGAAAUAUUUGAGUGGAUUAUCUAAGAACAAAUCUAUAGUUUGAAAUAUGGAGCCUGCAUUAUAUAUUUACCAUGAAUUUUGUUUUAAUUAUUCUAAAAACGAGUUUUUAAUAUAAUGAAUAAUUACUUUUUUUAAUCAUACUCAUGUUUGGUGUGUGCCAUAGUGUGCACAGUGUUUAAUCAUGGUGGUUUUACACGAUGAUUCCAUUGCGUAAACAAAAUUACCAUAUUACCAUAUACAGUUCGUAGGUGAUUUUCUUGCACAAUUCUUUAAUGCAAUAUCAAAGUAUACUAUGAAGGUCAAGAAAAGCUGAAGAGCUAGCAUAUUUUUGCUAACAUGAACUUCACUAGUUAGCUACUCUGUCAAGCUAUGCACCUGCACGUGGCUAUGUGGUAUGCAGGAUGAAAGAAAAGGGGGGAAAAUGUAAAACGUGUUAAAAAUUGUAUUUGCGGUUAUACUGACUGAUAAAGAAAAACCGAAUGAGUUAUUCAAGGUA